GUUUUGUCUGCUAAAAAAAUAAAAGUCGGGAAAAAUGAAAAUGAUGUAAGUCCUUGGCAUACUACCGUCCGGAAGUUCAUGCAGCCAUGGCAAGAUAUUGCUCGCAUCGACGAGGACGCAGAGAGCGGCCACAACCUUCAGUGCUGCUUCUAGCCUGUUUCAAAUUGGUUAUAUUUUCCUGCUCCGACGGCAACCUCCGGUCCGCCUUCGGCCUUCCGACGUGCGGCGAGUAUGUCGAAUUUUUGUUGGAGCGGCCACUCUGGGCGCACGUGUCCGACGACAGGUUCGAUCAGCUGGUUAUGGAGCACGAGAUCAUGCUGGACGCCGUGCUCGUGCAACAAGAGCAGACUGCAGUUAUGUCUACAGGUGCGGGAACCAUCAAGGUGAACGAAACCACAACAUCUGCAAAUACCAUGACAGGAGAAGAAGAAGUAGAACAAGAAGCAGCUAUUCACGCUGAGUGGGACGAGUUGCUGGCUGCGGAGGUCGAUAUAAGCGGCGAGAACGUCAUGCUUGACGAUGACGACACCGGCAUGGAACUACAAGAAACUGCGAUCGGGCAACACGGCGAAGAGGAGUUGCAGGACGGCAGUUCUACUUCACCGCCCAGAGGUGCAACAACUUCAUCUGCUUCACCAGUAGAUGAAACGAGUCCCCUCCCGAAGGAAGUGGUCAGCCAGAUUUUCGCGUUCACGCAGCAGGCCACCGUGGGACAGCUGAAAAUCCUACCGGAGGACGUUUUUUACAUCACCGAAGAGGCAGCCAGGGUGCGGAGGGAAGCUGCUUCAAAUUUAGUGUCCGCGACUUCCGCUGUAGAAAAACAAGGUACCAAGGAGAGCUCUGGUGUUGAUCAACUCCCUUGUUGGACCCUUCUCGCCAGGCUCAUGGAGCUGCUGAUGCUGUUGAUGCCGCAGUACUUUUUGCUCGUGUUGCGUGACUCGGUGUCCUCUCUGCAAAAAGAGCUGGAGCAACAGUCGGCACCGUUGAUCCUGAGUAAGGAGCUCCGGCACUGGUACGUGAAGUUUCGCAGUCUGCACAAUCAUGCAGUCGAUUUCAACACCCAGCUCGGCAUGACUCUGACCGGAGUUAAGAACGCAGUGCGGAGUAGUUUGGUUGCGGGUGCUAGUGCGGCAAAAUCAUCCUCUCGCUCCUCGCAAGAAUCCUACCCCGCCCCGGUCCGGUUGGCCUUCGCGAUUCUGCAGUACGCUUCGAAGGUUCAUCAACGGGAUCGGUACUACGAGUGCCUGUUAGGAGCUGAUAACAAUGCGCGCCUUGGUAUAACGGCGGGAUCAGGAUCGCAACAGGAUGUAGUGGCUACUGCAACGCUAUCCACAGCAGGAGCACAAGAAGCUACUUCUGGUGGAACAACUCCGACUAGUGACGCUCCUCUUCUCACUUCGUCAAUAAGCAAAUCCAACCCUGAAACAAAUGAUGACGACAGCAAUGAGGAGGAUGAAGAGACAAAUUUCGCGCACAACCUGGUUGCCCACUCCCUCUCGUCCGGCCCGUCCCGUCUGCGCCGACUCCACGACGACGUGUUUGCCCGGGCGCUAAAUGAGGUCGACGCGGUGGCGGCAGGAAGGCGGCUGGAGAUUAGUCGCUUGUUGCGUACUAGGUGGAGCAACGCGAGGGGGCGGAAAGACUUGAAUGAGUCAGGGUCUGGUUCAACUUCCAGAGGCUUCACAUCGUGCGAAGACCUGUUGCUGCAGAAGACUAUUCGAAGUACUACUGUGCCGAGCAAGGGUUCACCUGCUUCAACAUCUACACCGGGGGUCGCGCCGGUGGACUACAGCGACGGGAAAACCGCUUCCACGAUGCAGCUGGUGGAGGAGCUUUUUUUGUCCGGAACAAGUCGUGAAGUAGCUGUGCCGCAAGUUGUUGCAACUACGAACAGAACGUCGAGCUAUUCUACUUCCAUAAUUGACCAUAGCUUCACGAGCAUGUUUACGAAACCAGUUCAAAAUGAUCAUCUCGCGAAGGUAUCUGUAAAAACACUACCUACCUCAAACAUCUUCUCCUUUCUCGACACCCAGUCCCUCCCCACCGAGGUCUCCGAGGUGGCGAUCAACGAUAUCUCCUCGAAGUCCAACUGGCUCCUGCCCCGCAAUCGGCCACGGAAAGCCGUCAGUGCCGGGGACGGCGCGACAACUUCACCGGGGGCCGUUAAAGUGCUUCCCGCGAGUAGCCCGGUGUCCACCACCUCGACGUUGAGCGGGAUGUCCGAGGCGAUGAUGCUUUCCGACCGCCGGAUCGAGCAGGUUUUUCUGCCGCAAGUUCGCGACGUGCUUUCCGACAGCGUCCGCCAGCACCGGGCGAUCCAGUGUCCCCAGGAACUCCUGGACGAGGUCGAGCGGAAGAACGGGGUCGCGGUCUUCGUGGAGGUCGGCGGGUACCUCGGCGACUGUGGCAUUGCGCUCGCGGCCACACAACUCGUGCACCGGGCCGUGCUGCAGAUCGACGGAAACUUGCCGGCGUUGCAAGCGGGUGAGAAGACGUUGCACAGCGUGAUCGAGGGCUUUGUGAGGAGCAAAAGGAAGUCGAGGCUGCAGGUUCGCACCAAGCACGCGUACGUCACCGGUAGGUCGGGGACCACCGCCGCGAGCGCUGCGGAAGGGAAAAAUACGAACGUUGUAGUACCGAGAAAGAUCCUCGAUCCGUCACAGAAUCUGCUUCGCAGUGCCACCAACCCGCUUGCCGUUCUCCAUAGCCAGAUUCCCAACGCGUAUCGAGGCGCCGUGCUGGCCGCUUGCGGAGAGGAAGGAAGGGAUUAUAGCCAGCGAACAAGAAUAAAACAAGAAGAACAGGAGCUGGAGGACAUCAACAAGGAAAACGAGUGUAUACCCGCGAUCACUUUGGAUGAGCUGCUUUUAGACGUUUCUGAGGUGAAGCAACUCUUCGCUAGACCGGCUGACAAGGACAACAGUUCAUCUGCACAACAGAACGGCGCCCCCUCUACCUCAUCAUCCAAACCGGGCUCCGCGCUCCGCGCGCGCAUCCCAGACCCGGAGGGCUACAACACCGGGCGCGGAGAUUUCCGAAGCAGGGAGAAGUUUGCGCUGCGGAUCAAAGUCAGCGGCAACGAGGACGAAAUCCUGAGUCAGGGCAUGAUCCGAAUUCUACAGCAACAAUUGUUUCACAUCAUUCACAUCAACGUGACGAAAUAUUGCACCUUCCAGCGGUUCUUGAGGCGGUACAGGAGAAACAAUUUAUCCCGGAAUAAAAAAUCUUCGAAAACAUCCCCCUCUCAACAUUUGAUGCGCAGCAAGGAUGGAGUAGCAGGGGCACUUGAAGACGAUGGUCGCCGGAGUCCUCUUAAGCCGGUGCCGGAACAGCUACGACAAGGAGAAAAUAAACGACUCCCGGGUCCUCCUCGUCGAACGUACGACGACGUGGUCACGUGCCUGCAGGAAAUCGUCGGGGUUCUGUUUGACGCGGGGUACCACAUUCAGUCGACCACAAAAACGGGGACGGAGUUGUCCUUCUUCGCUGAGGUGCCGGAGGUCCCGUGGCACGCGUUCGACGUGCUUGCCGUGCUGUACUGAAGAUCGUUGUAAAGCUAAUCGUCUUCUGUUUAAUCCGUAACACGACCACAAUAGCUUGAGCUUCACCCCGUGAUAUGAAAGUAAGUGCGUCGGCUACUGGACGAACCCUUUGAAAUCGCUUCUCCGAUUGGAGGUCGACGGGCGAGACUGAUAGUACCCUGACUUGACAUUUUUCACAUUAACGAGGUGAACUACGCACUUGUUUGCAUUGCAAUAAAUAUAGUCGUGACCACCAGGGG